CAUUUAACUAUACACAAGUGAAUAUUACAAUUUCAACAAGAAAGAAGGAGAAGAAGAUCAUAUCCAUCCGUGAGAUAUACAUACAUUUUCGGUUUGAAUGGAAGUGGGGCGGAAAAUGGGGAGCAUGAUGGGGGGCGUAGGACACCGUGGCCUUAAUUUGAAGGCCACGGAGCUGUGCCUCGGCCUUCCGGGAGGAGGAGGAGGAGGGGAGAGCGAGCCGGGGAAUAAGAUCACCGGAAAGAGAGGGUUCUCCGAGACGGUGGUCGACCUGAAACUCAACCUCCACCACCAGUCUCCGGCGUCCAACUCCUCUUCCUCUAAUAACUCUGUAGUGAUGGACGAUCUCAAAGAGAAGACCAAAUCUCCUCCCAUGGAAUCUAACAAAGAUCCCAUCAAGCCCCCUUCCAAGGCACAAGUGGUGGGGUGGCCACCGGUGAGGAACUACCGGAAGAAUGUGAUGGCGAACCAAAAGAGUAGCGAGGAGGUGGAGGAGGAGAAGGGCGGCGGUGGCGGAGGGGCGGCGGCCUUUGUGAAGGUGUGCAUGGACGGGGCACCCUACCUCCGUAAGGUGGACCUGAAGAUGUACGAGAGCUACAAACAGCUCUCUCAUUCUCUUGCAAAGAUGUUUAGCUCCUUCACCAUGCCUCCAGGUAAUAAUAAUAAUGAUAAGGAGGGGAUGAUGAUAGAUUUCAUGACUGAAGGGAAGGUGGUGAUGGAUGAUGAUGUGGUGAAGUAUGUGCCCACUUAUGAGGAUAAGGAUGGUGAUUGGAUGCUCGUUGGGGAUGUCCCAUGGGAGAUGUUUGUGAAUUCCUGCAAACGCUUGCGCAUAAUGAAAGGGUCAGAAGCAAUUGGGCUUGCACCAAGAGCUAUGGAGAAGUGCAAGAGAAGGAGCUAAUAAUAAUAAAUAAAUAAAUAAAUAAAUAUAUCGUCACAUGGCAUGGCCUGCAGAUUCAUAUUUCCUCUCCCAAUUCAAGUUGUGCAUGCAAUUGAAAGUUAAUUACUUAAAUGUGAUAAUUGUUUGAGCUUUAAUUUCUUUCUGUAAUUUUAUUUUAUUUAUUAAUUAUUCGAAUAUACUCGAUCAUAUAAAUAUAUAUCAUAUAUACUACUAGCUUUUAUCGAUGCACAUCAAGGUUAAUACAGACACACAUAGACAUUAAAUGUAUGUGUGUCCAUAUUAGCCUUAAUGUGUAUUUGGUGUCAAAUGUUUGGGAUCCUCCAGCAUUUUGGUUUUUGUAUUAGACACUUGUUGUAAUGGACAAGAAGUAGAACAACCUUAAUUAAUACGGAGUACUCCGUAAUUAAUUAAGCUCUACUUGAAUUGUGUAUCUGCUGGUUUGUUUAGUUUAAUUUAUUGCAAAUUAGUGGCUUGUUAAUUAAGUGUAACAUCUAAUUAACUACUCGUACUAUU